AUGUUCUGUGCCAGCUACCGGGACUUGAGCAGGAGGCACGGGGGACGGCUGGAGAGCAACGAGCGCGAGCGGCAGCGCAUGCACAAGCUCAACAACGCCUUCCAGGCGCUGCGCGAGGUCAUCCCGCACGUGCGCGCGGACAAGAAGCUCUCCAAGAUCGAGACGCUGACGCUGGCCAAGAACUACAUCAAGUCCCUGACAGCCACCAUCCUGACCAUGUCCAGCGGCCGCCUGGCCAGCCUCGAGGGCCCGGGGCCCAAGCUCUACCAGCAUUACCAGCAGGGGGCCGGCGAGUCCCCUCCGGAGGGCCACCUGCAACGGUACUCCACGCAGAUCCACAGCUUCCGAGAGGGGACCUAG